AGCCUUCUCCCCAGUUACCAGCACCAAAGGAUGUGAAGAUUUAUUCCUACAACUUCCAGAGCUGGCUGAGGUGGUCUCCAGUUGAGGAUGAGAGAGGCUUGGUGUUAUACACAGUCGAGUACAAAACAGGAGCCUCUGACCACUGGAGUAAUACGAGCUGCACCCGCAUCCCCCAGACCGAGUGUGCGUUCCCCUCCUUCAUCCAGAGGCGGCGCUGGACGGUGACGCUGAGGGUCAGGGCUGAGCUGGGGCAGAUCACCUCGGACUGGAACAAGACAGAGCAAUUUGUGGCAGAGCUAAACACUACCCUGGGCCCCCCAAAAGUGACCAGUGUCAGUGUCAGCUCAGACUCACUGCUCAUCGGAGUCGCUCCCCCCUUCACACCCGAAGCUGGCGAUGACCUCCACUAUCUUGUGUCCUACUGGGAGAACACCACAAGUGCUAUGAGAAAAGAGCUAAAGGAAGACAAGACACUAUUUAAAAUUGGGAAUCUAAAGGAAUUGACACUUUAUUGCUUCAGCAUCCAAGUGGAAUUGGCGACCUUCUCAAAAGACCCAUUAUUAGGACAGCCAAGUGGCCCAGAGUGUCACAGCACUGACAUCAGUGAGGCAGCCAGAGCUGGAUACAUUGUCCUGAUGGUGGUGGUGGUGUUCCUGCUGGCGCAUGUGGUAGGAGGUGGUGUGCUGCUCCUGUGGAAAUACCAUGAGAAAAUCAAGUACUGUGCUCAGCCUCCUCUGCAGAUCCCAACACACUUUGAGGAGUUCUUGAAGGACCCUGGCAUGCCUGGCCUGGAGUUGCUGGACAGUCCUGCUGAGAAUGAUUCCCUAGCUGUUGUGGUGGGAGAAUGA